CUCGGAGCGUGAGUUAGGCAAGAGUCGCAUCUAAAAUAAUCAACUACAAAACUAACUGUCUACUUCUGACAAGUCCACCUUUUGGCCAGCGCCUAAGUCCUUGCUUAGCUCGCGCUGCUACCAGUGAGGCAGUGGUAAGGUCAUUGGAGAUCUGACGCUACCUGUAGAGCCUAUCGGCAGCGAUUCCGUAAUUGUUUGUCCCGUUGAUUGUGUCAGUUUGGCGAUGAUGUAGAAGAAGACGCUGACCGGUCCGGACGAGGUGGAAUUGUUGUAGUGGAAGUGCCCGUACCAGUAUAUUAGAAGAAGCUUUCGUCCGUCCAGACCAGACCAGAGAAUCUCAGAUAAAGAUCACAGGGAUGCAGUCAAGCGCUUGAAUAUCUCUGCAAUUAGCGUGAGCAUUAUUCUGUUCUGUGAGUUUGUGGUAGCACACACCCAGGUCUUGUCGGAGUGCAGAGGCUCGAGGGUUAGGUGAUUGCGUGGUCCUACGUUGUGGAUCAUAAUAGAGUAGAGAGUUGAUUGAGCACGCUACUGUACAGACGCGGGCCAGCGACGACAGCAGCAGCAGCUAUGACGAACGGUUGGGUGACGAUAGAAGAUGGAGAAGAGGCGAUUAUCUACAAUUUGAAGGGAGAGUCCCGCACUGUGACAGGCCCACGGCGGCUGUUCUUGUGGAGGGAGAAGGUUCAGAAGCUGAGAUACCACUCAGCAAACCAGACACAGUAUCUGCGUGUUGUGCAUCGCAAUGGCAGUUUGGAGCACAAGCAGGGGCCAAUAGGGAUAUUUGAGAACCCGCUCAUCUACACAUCUGUGAGAGUUCACGACUCUAUCCCACUGGAUGCCAAUGAAGUGUUGGUCGUCUACCUUCAGGGAGAGGACAAGAUUGAGCGGCGACUGGUCUACGGUCCCCAGCAGUUUUUCCUGGCAGCCAACGAAUGGAUACACAAUUUCAGCUGGCAUGGCACAGACCCAGCAAACAAGACUCGCAAGAUUCCAAACGCGCUGUGCUUCUCCAAGUUGCGUGUUAUCCCCGAUCAGUUCUACUAUAAUGUUGAUGAGGUACGGACGAACGAUGAUGCUGUCAUCAAGGUGAAGCUGAUGAUAUUCUUCGAGCUGCGCGAUGUCGAACUGAUGCUCGCCCAGACGGCCGAUCCCAUUGGCGACUUCAUCAAUGCGCUGUGUGCUGAUGUGGUUGCCUUCAGUUCACAACUGAGCUAUGAGGAGUUCCUGGAGCAGACCAGCGGGCUCAAUGACAUGGACUCGUACCCGGUCCUCAUGGAGCGCUCAAAGCGCAUGGGAUACGCUGUCACCAAGGUGAUCUUCCGCGGCUACCACGCAAGUGACCAACUUCAGGGUAUGCAUGACCGAGCUGUCAGUCGCCGAACUCAACUACAGCUUCAGAUGGAAUCCGAAGAGCAGAAGCAGUCGCUCACUGAUCUGCAGAUGCAGAGAGAGCUCGAGCGAGCGGAAACAGAGCAAAAGCUAGCGCUGGACAAGAAAAUGCACGAGCAGAAGCUGAAAAUUGAAAAGACAGGGCACGAGGUCAAGAUUGAAAAACUGCAAACAGAAGAGAAGAUACGGCAGUUUAGGGCAGAGAAGGACGCGCAGACAGAGAGUUCUCGUCAAACUAACGCCCAGAUCCUGUCGCAUCUCGGCGGCCUGCAGGAGUCUGGGGUCGAUAUCACCGAGUACAUGCUCAGCCGCUUACCCAAGCCGGACAAGACCAUCCGCGUCGUUACAGCAGGCCCCGGCACGCCCAACGUGCAUGUCCAUCCAUCCUGAGCCAAAGCCAAAGCCAUGCUUCGAACAACCAUUAAAAUCGACGUCUUUGACCAAUCCAUUGAAAUCGUGCGCGUGCAAACGACUGACUAUAUGCUAUCUGUUGUGCGAGUGUUGGGUGAAUGUAACCUUACGUAAUCGACUGAGUUGAUCCACGUUGUUGCAUAAAACCUUCCAAGUUUUCACCCACAUGAGGGCAUGAUCAGGGGUGCACAUUGUCUGCAAUUUAUUAUUCUUUUAGCUUCUUAUACCCCCCCCCCCUCCCCCCUGCCUGUUUGCGCCGGUUGCAGCAGCUGUAUAGAGUGUUGCAUUGUACUUCUUUCUGGUCCCCCCCAUCCCCCAUCCCGCCAGUACAACCACUGCUGGCACCCUUCUUGAGAUAGCAUAGUAUAGGCGCUGCACUUCCAUUGCCACAAUGAAGGAGCCUGCAAUCCAGCACCAUUCUAAUGAU